AUGCGCUCGGCGUCGCAGGCGCUGGACGGUUUUCCUUCCGUGCGCGUCCUGGCCCUGGCCCGCCGGCUUCAGCUCCCUGCGCCCGCGAGGAGGGGAGGCGCGCACCGACGGCGGCCGGGCCACCAGCAGCUCUGCGGGACCGCGCUCCUCGGGCUCCGCGCACCUGCCGGGCAGCGCGCGCCCCACCCCCGCCGCGGGCGGCCCAGGGCACCCCCAGCAUCCAGGCUGGGGCGCGGGACUGGCGGGGGGCAGCAUCAAGGGGUGAGAGGGGAGUGCGGAGGCCGCAGAGGCGGGGGUGCGGGCCGGGGCCGCGAGGCCGGUCCCCUGGAGGCCUUGGGGCGGGGCGCUGGCGGCGCAGGGGCCUGGCGCAGGGACGCGCGGUCCAGAGGCCGGGGCCACUCCGAGGGCGCGGGGAGCGGGCGGGGGGGGGGGGGGAGCGUCGACGGUGGGCGCGCGGGGAGAGAGGCGGGCGCCCCCAGGGCCUCCCCGCGCACCCCGAGGGCCCCCGCCCGCCGCCCCGCGCACCCCGAGGGACUCCCCCCGCCCCGAGGGCCUACCCGCGCACCCCGAGGGCCCCCGCCCGCCUCCCCGCGCACCCCGAGGGCCUCCCCCACCCCGAGGCCCCCCGCGCACCCCGAGACCCCCCGUGAGCGACCCCUCCGAGCCUCGCGCGCCGGCUGCCCCGCGUGUGCCCUGGCCCCGGCUGGACGGGGUGCAGCGCCCCGGGCCCCGCCCGGCCUCCCGCCCCUCGCCCUGUCGCGGGCGGUCCGGAGGGGCGGGAGCUUCCCCACUCGUCCCCCCCGGUCCUGGGGUCCGCCGGCUCGCCACCCCGGCCCCUCCCCCGGCCCCCCGGCCCCCCGGCCCCGCUCGCCUCCUCCCCGCGGGCCCGCCCCCCGCCUGCCCCCCAUCCCCGUCCGUGCCUCCCGGAGGGCCAGCGCCCCGUUAUCCCCUUGCUUCUUCGCCGUCCUUCGCCCCUCCUUCGUGCGCCGCCCCGCACCCCGAGACCAGUUCCAGCCCGGGUCCCCGCAGGUCCCGGUGCCCCCCCAGCCCCGCGGGGGUGCGCUGCGCACGGCUCCCGGGGCCACGAGCGGGCGCCCAGUGCCCGGGGGAUUCCGAGGCCCGACCCCGCCGCCCUGUCGGGUCCGCCCGAGGGACGGAGGCGGGGGCCGGGGCGAGUGA